GGUGAAAUGGCGCAGAAAGGAGUUCAGCUGGACCGGGAAACCUUCUCUUGUUUGAUCUGUUUGGAUCUGCUGAAGGAUCCCGUGGCUAUUCCCUGUGGUCACAGCUACUGCAUGAGCUGUAUUAAAACCUUCUGGGAUGAUAAGGAUGAGAAGAAAAUCCACAGCUGCCCUCAGUGCAGGCAAACUUUCAGCCCGAGGCCUGUCCUGGUGAAAAACACCAUGUUGGCAGUGUUAGUGGAGGAACUGAAGAAGACCAGACUCCAAGCUGCUCCUGCUGAUCUCUGUUAUGCUGGACCUGAAGACUUGGCUUGUGAUGUUUGCACUGGGAGAAAACUGAAAGCUGUGAAGUCCUGUUUGAUGUGUCUGAUCUCUUACUGUGAGAAACACCUCCAGUCUCAUUAUGAAUCGCCUGCCUUUGAAAAACACAAGCUGGCGGAGCCCUGCAAGAAGCUCCAGGACAACAUCUGCCCUCGUCACGAUGAGGUGAUGAAGAUGUUCUGCCGCACUGAUCAGCAGUGUAUCUGCUAUCUCUGCCCUGUGGAUGAACACAAAGGCCACAACACAGUCUCAGCUGCAGCAGAAAGGACUGAGAAGCAGAAAGAGCUCGAAGUGAGUCGACAAAACAUCCAGCAGAGAAUCCAGGACAGAGAGAAAGAUGUGAAACUGCUUCAGCGGGAGGUGGAGGCGAUAAAUCACUCUGCCGACAAAGCAGAGGAGGACAUUGAGAAGAUCUUUACUGAGCUGAUCCGUCUCAUGGAGAAAAGAAGUUCUGAUGUGAAGCAGCAGGUCAGAUCUCAGCAGAAAACAGAAGUGAGUCGAGUCAGAGAGCUUCAGGAGAAGCUGGAGCAAGAGAUCGCUGAUCUGAAAAGGAAAGACGCUGAGCUGAAGGAGCUCUCGCACACAGAGGACCACAACCUGUUUCUGCAGAGCUACCCCUCACUGUCACGACUCAAUAAAUCAAACUCACCUAGCAUCAAUAUCCGUCCUCUGCUGUACUUUGAGGACGUGACAGCGGCUUUGUCAGAAGUCGGGGAUAAACUGCAGGAUGUUCUGAGAGAGAAGUGGACAAACAUCUCACUGUCAGUGGCUAAAGUGGAUGUUUUACUGCCUCAUCCAGAGCCUAAAACCAGAGCUGAAUUCUUAAAAUAUUCAUGUGAAAUCACACUGGAUCCAAAUACAGCAAACCCUCAGCUGCUUUUAUCUGAGGGGAACAGAAAAGCAACAUUAAUGAGAAAAGAACAGCCUUAUUCCAGUCACCCAGACAGGUUCAUUUUCAUUUUGCAGGUCCUGAGCAGAGAAAGUCUGACUGGGCAUUGUUACUGGGAGGUGGAGUGGAGUGGGAAACAGGUUUAUGUAGCAGUCACCUACAAGGAUAUCUGCAGAGCAAGCUUCUUGGAUGACUGUGGAUUUGGAAAAAAUAACAAAUCUUGGGCAUUUUGUUGUCACAAAACCGGUUAUACAUUUUAUCACAACAGUGUCAGCACUCAGAUCUCAGCUCCUCACUGCUCCAGAUUAGGAUUGUACCUGGAUCACAGAGCAGGUAUUCUGUCCCUCUACAGCGUCUCUGACACCAUGACUCUCCUCCACAGAGUCCAGACCACAUUCGCUCAGCCGCUCUAUGCUGGACUUAAACCUUUCUCUUAUGGAGCCACUGCUAAGUUCUGCAAACUCAAAUAGUCAGAUGUCAUUGUAUUUUAUUUUCUUAAAACAGUUUUGUCUUUUAUUGCUCACAGCUGACUUGCUGCUUUCCACACUUUGAUUCUGUUGCUGAUUCAACAUGCUGAAUUUGCCUGAAUAACAGCUGACUAGUGCCAACGGUACGGGAUCAAUUGCAAAAACUAGUGUGACAGACGCUCACCUACAGUCUGACAUUGAGCAACAGUCAACCGUCAACUUGAUGUGACAUAUCACAUCUAUGAGUUCCUUUAAGUAGCGACCCCUCAUGUGUUUGUUUACCUAAAAACUGGUUGUUUGUAUCGAUGAAUUUUAGUGUUUCUAAUCUCCCACUGCGUCAAACUUGCGAGAAAAAGCAUCAAAUUUUCAUUCAGCGUAGAUAUUUUUUUUCUUUUUCUACAUAUGUAAAGAAAUUCCUAAUUACAUUUAGUUUUGUUUGGUAGACCAAAUAUUUUGUUGUUGUGAGGAACUGUAGAAUUGUGUUUAUCCCCAUCGUAAUCAAUAAGGAGAUCAUUCUUUUCUUUUACAUUGCUGAGAGUGUGUGGAUGAAGAUGAAACUGCAUGAAAUCAUCAAACAAGAGUCAUUCAAUAGACUUUACUGAUGAGAUGUCUGAACAAAUUGAAGGUUUAAACAAUUAAUAAACAAACUU